UUUUUUUUUUUUCUAUCUUCUUUUUUUUUUUAACCCUUAUUCGCAAACAAUGGCAAAUAUACAAGGUCUUCAUGUCAAAGUCAAUCUCAAGAAUGGAGAUAUUUUUUAUGGUAUUGUCUCAAGUGUUGACGAGGAUGGCAGCAUUUCUCUUGAAAAAGCUGAACGCUGCUUUACUAGUGGAAGAAAAUCUGAAUACCCUUUUAUGAAAGUGCCCGGACACAUUAUCAAUGACUAUCAAGUAACUCAAGAGAACGAAGCAAACUUGGAACCAUCAACUACACAACAGUCUACUUCACCCAAUGUUCCAUCAAAAAAAUCUUUUGUAGAUCCUGCUAUCAUUAGUAUGACUGCUACUGACCAGGAAAAGAAACCAUCACAAGAAAAACGUUCUAAAAAACAACAACAACAGCAACAAAGUAGUCCGGGAUCUGCACGUACGAAUAAAAACAAGAAGGAAGUCACUGUCGAUCACCAUGAUAUACCUACGACAUCACCAACGAAACCGACCAAUAAAGGGACAACGAAAUCUGGAUCUACUGCUACAAAAUCAAAGCGUGGGAAUAAAUCAAAACAAACUUCGCCUCCUCCUCCUGUGGGUGACUCUGAAGAAAAGAUCAACGGACCUAUCACCUCUCCUGCACCAGUAAAAUCAUCUCCACCGAAAUCACGAAAUGCGCAUAACAAACAAUCCUCCAAAAAACAACAACAACAGCAGCAGCAGCAGCAGCAACAACAACAGCAACAACGACAGCAACAGCAACAACAACAACAACAACAACAACAACAACAGCUACAGCAACAGCAGCAACAACAACAGCAACAACAACAGCGAUUACAAGAACAACAAGUUCAGCAACAAUCUCAAAAGCGACCUCAACCACAUGUUUUGCCUGUAUUCAGUAAUGCAACGACGACCCGAAAACUAGUUAAUACAGAGGUCUUUGAUGACUUCAAUGAAUUUGUCAGUACAUCAGAAAAGAAAGUACGUUCAUAUGAUAAGCGUCAACAACAACAACAUUUGACAAUCAAGCAACAAAGCGAACAAGUACCCGUAGUAGCGGCUCCCAUAUAUCAAGUAUCUGAGUCUACAAAGUCACCUCAGUUACACAAGCCAGAUGACGCUGUCAAUCAAGCUGCAACGCAAUCAUUACUCUCAUCAUUGAAUAUGUUUGGUGGAUCUAAUCAAGGAUUGGUAUCUGGAAUGAAUGGUUCAAUGUCACCAUCAGCGGGAAGUCGUCAACAGCAUGAGCCUAUAUCAAUGGAUGUAUCUCCUCCUGGAAGCACGAAUGACGCCAAUAUAUUCAAAAUCCCAUACCCUGUAAAUCGACCCAGAAUACGUACUGAAAGUGAUACUUCAUCGUCAACGUCAUCACACCAGAAAGCAGAUGCCAAAGAAAAUGGAUCAACACCAACAAAAACAAUGGUACCUCUUCUAGAUGAACUGUUACCAAUGCGACAUUCUGCAGCUGCAACAUCCUCAUCAACAUCUUCAUCGUCACCAGCAGUAUCAAGUGACCAAAAUACAUUUAUUUUGCAACAAGAACAACCUAUAGAAAAACUUCAAAAGCCAAUGGAAGAAACCGAAACUCCUCCCACUGACAACUCUUAUAUCAAUCAACAGAACGGUGGUCCUAUUAUCAAAUCGGUUGCUACUGGUACUACCUGUCCUGUUCUCCCUGUAGAGCAAUUAUCAAAACUCAUUCAACUUGCCAAAACUGAGACUGGACUUACGGAAUCUAUGAUUAUCGAAAAUGCAGCUCAUGCUACUUCAAGUAUCACUUUCAAAGUCAUUGGUGGGCAACGCCGUGUUCAACAGCAAAAUCACAACGAUGCACCUAUAGUGGUAGUAUUGGCUGGCAAUCAUUCAGUAGGAAAUUAUGGUAUUGCAACUGCACGUCAUUUGGCCAACCGUGGAAUUUCUGUGAUUGUUUUAUUGAUGAAUCAUGAUAAAAAUCAACGAAUGAAGGAACAGCGACGAUGUGCUGAAUUUGCAGGUGCCACAUUUGUCAAUUCUGUAGAAGAAUUACCUGAUCCUUUGACUGCUCCUGUGGAUUUGAUCAUUGAUGCUUUGAUGGGAACAACAACCAAUAUUGAUGAUUGGAAGAAUGACAGUAUUCGUACUCUGAUAUGGAAUGGGAUUGAAUGGUGUAAUAGUAAUAAGGCUCCAGUUUUAAGUUUAGAUUUCCCUAGUGGAGUCAAUAGCAAUGAUGGUAAAGUGAUGAAAAAAAAAAAUAAAAGAAUAUCUAACCAUUUUUUUUUUCUUUAUUCUAUAGGUCAUCCUUUCCAUGUGAUGCAUUAUAUCGUACCUAAAUGGACUGUUUGUUUUGGCGCACCAGUAGAAGGAUGUACUUCAGAUAAAGUGACCGGUGGAUUAUUUGUUGCUGAUAUUGGGAUUCCAGCUGUAACUUGGCAACGUAUUGGUAUUCAAGGUCGAGGACUACCUUGGGGAAUGGAUUCGGUGAUGCCUCUUGAAUAUAAUUGAGGGACUUUUCUUUUUAUUGUCUUUUUUUGCUGCGUUUUUUAGUGAUUGCAUUUUACCUAUUCUUCAUUUUAAUUUUUUUAUCCAUUCAAUAAAAUGACUAUGACACUCUCUCUCUC